UCCAUGCUCAUAUUGGUUCUUUAUUACGGGAUCCCUCUUCCAUGUUUGUAGUCAACUCUAGAAAAAUGAUAUCACCCUCUCCAGCUUUUCCAUGCCUGUUGCUUACUUUCCAGACAUGUGAUCAACAUCAGGAUUUUGUAAUAAAAUUAGCUUUUUCAUUAAAAAUAAUGCAGGCUGUAACAUCAACAACAGAGACAACAACCCUUUGCAUUGGAAGAAGAUAA